GUUGACAUUUGCACAAAAGUCUUGGCUCUUGCUUUGCUUGUUGCUGUGUUCAAACUCCAAAAGAUUUGAAACUUUCAGUUCUUACACAGACUUUACAUCAGCAUACUACACAUACAUCGGUCAUUAGAUAAAUAAGAAAUUAUUCGAGUCAACUUUGUUGAACUGUGAUUAAGCUUACUAUCAAAGAUUAAAGUGUAUGAACAGUCAGUGAACCUAGUGUUUAGUGAUAAAAAAAAUCUUAUAAGAAUUUUUUAUCCAUUGAAUAGAGACUUAACCGUGAAACGCCAAAGAGAAAUAGCCAAAGGGUUUGUGGCGUCAGUGCUGUAGAAAGUUUGAUGACAUUAUUCAAUUUUGAAGACUAUUCCAACGACAUGCCGCCUGUUAAGCGUGGUAGACGCGGGUUGAGCGACGCUGACAAUGUUGACGAUGACUACAGACGCAAGAGGGAGAGAAAUAAUGAGGCAGUAAAGAAGAGCAGAGUGAAGUCGAAACAGCAGACAAAGGACACAUUCACAAGAGUUAAGAGGUUGAAAGAAGAGAACCAAGAACUAGAGGAUACUACAAAGAGGUUGACUAAAGAACUAGAGUUAUUGAAGGAACUCUUCUUAGCCACAGCGUCCAAUACCAAGAACCCCAAGUUUGAUGGUCUUGACCUUGAGAAACUGUUGGAAGACACUCCUGAUAAGAAGUAGUAUUUUUGAUAUUAUUUCAGCCAUAUUAGUUUGUAAGUUGUCUUUGUCGUUAUUUGAAUGUUUAAAAGAGAUGGUACUAUUUUUCUAAAUUAUAUAUAAGACUAGCUAUUGCCAUCGGUUCACCGGCUACAAAUUCAUAUGAUCACAGAUCGUGUUGUAGAAUGGCAAUGGAGAUAUAAAAUCGGGAUAACAAUAGGUAUCCUUUGUGUAAUCCACGUUACAAACUACAUGUGUACCAAAUUUCGACCACAUUUGUCCAGUAGGUUAUUGGCAAAAGAGUGACGAACGUGCUAGCAAAAAA